AUGAUCCUCAAAAAGUCAGGACAUCACCCCACCAAAGAAACAAGAAUAUUCUCAAGCCGCAAUAAUCAACGCAACCCAAUCACCAUCGAGACCCACCAGCGUGCCCUGCAAAGUACCUGGUCUGGUAUUGAGACCAAGCCCUCGGUCAUCAAGUUUACCAAAGACACUCCUCGUGUUGUGCAUCAAGCUUUGAGCCUCGCCCAGUGUCACUUCAAGAGUCUACAGAUUGAGAAGGCUUCGACCGUAUACCAGAACGCUUUCAAAUCCGUCUUCUCUUCGGUAUCUGCCAAGGACGAGCUGGUCAUGACCGCGACGCAGGAGCUCGUGUCGUUCUACGAAACGACCUACCAGUUUACGAAGGGCGACCGGGCCACCAAGUACCACCAGGUGGAGGAGGCCGAGACGGCUUAUUACCAGAUAUUUAUGGCCUUGAGCAAGAAGGAAACACUGGAAUCUCGAGCACGUUGGAAGAAGGCCCAGCAGGUGUACGAGGUCCUGUGGAAGACCUUUGUGCAGCACGGCCAGGACGGGUCCGUGGAUAGUCAGGAGAUCGAGGCUAUCUACUCACAAUACUCGGCCCUCCUGGAGCACAAGGCCAAGGCCGACAUAAGCGUAAUCCACGACCGGGCUGCCAGCUACCACGAAGUCUGUGUGCGAGUGUAUGGUGCCUCGCAUGUCACCACCUACAAGGCCACGAUGAGACUGGCGGAGAUCAGAUACUUAAGCGAGAAAUACAAAGAGGAGUCGCUGAGUCUGUACGAGGCGGUGUUGAAAAUGAACGAGAAGUUCUCCUCGUCUGUUUUGACGCGCGAGGUUGUUAAGAGCAGUACGACCACAACUACAUCGACUACCAGCGUCAUCAAGCAGCAUCUUGCUAAGCUGUAUUCCAGCAACAGUAAGACGGUUACCAAGUAUCUCUCCUGUUACCAAGAAGACUACCAGAGUUUGGUCAAGCAGGAGGGCAUCGCAUCCCAGACCACCCUCUCGGCGCUGCAGGAGCUGGUGCACUCGUAUCACAAACAGAACACGGCAUCUUCAACAACCGAGGCUGUGCAAACUCUACAGUCGGCCACUGUAUCAGUAUUUGAGAAAGAGACCAACUCUCAGCACCUGCACAAGGCUGCACAGUCACUGGCCCAUCUGUACACCACGCUAGGCCAGUCGGACAUUGCCUGGACUUUGAUGCAGUCUCUGCGGAUCCGGCUAAUCCGCGAGACACCUGGCAGCCAGAAGGAAUCAGCACUUUCGCGCAAGGUGACCGUGUUUAUUGUGGCCUUCGAGGAGAAUUUGUACCAGAAACGGACGUAUACGUCGAUCAUGACGGAGCUCGUCUCCGAAAUCAACCUGUACGUGUCGUUCUAUGGAGCCAAGGAGAAAAGGGGGUUUUUCGCGAUCUUCGUCAGCGGUGUCCGUCUGCUCAACUUCCAGCGCACGCGCAACGCCACCGAAGAAAUCUGUCUCGCUGAGAUAUCCAAACGUGACUAUGGCGUGCACAUCAUUGGCAAGACUGUUCGGACUGUGCACCAAGAGGUUGAGCAGGGCCAUUUCGCCGAGGCCUAUGAGCUUGCUAGUAUCCUACACAGGUUUAUUCAGCAUGUUGAUGGCUUCCGCACACACAUCAAUACCCGGGAAGGCAUCCAGCUCGCCAAAUAUUUGCUUGGUCAUGGUAUCAAGAAGUCGCCUGAUGCUAAGCUGGCGAAGGCAAUGUCGGAACUGUUGCGCGCGGUGCUGCAGGAUAUUCUGUAUGUGUACCGGGUCACCGGCGUCCGGUUCACGGACCUGGACGUGAACGAUGUCAGCGAAGUGACGUUGCUGCUGGGCGAGCAGAAGAACUUUGAGGAUCUGGAGCUUGUUCUCACAGACCUCUGGUCCUCCCGUAUCGUUCAAAAGACCUGGUCUUCCGACACAAUCAUCUGGAUUAGGCGACGCCUUGUGGAAGUGCGCUUCUCCUGUGGCCGCAAGGAGCAAGCCAUCCGGCUGUGCAGCGACCUUUGCUACAACAUCGGGCGCGUGUGGGGAUCCUUCGAUCGGAUUGCACUGGAGCUGACCGCGCUGUUGUCGGAACUGUACACGGUGACGGGCAACUACACAAGCGCAAUGGCAGUGCAUGAGAAAGCACUGCGUCAGCUAGCCCACGCGCACGAUGGCAUCUCGUCGGCCGAGAUGGGGUCAAUCGCCGUGCAGCACACGGAGCUGCUAAAGCGUGCCUUCCAGCGCAACGGCGGCCGGGCUAAGGCGCCGCAUGUGUACUAG